CGAUGGCACGAGCACUUUGACGGCUGUUGUUGCCAUCACCACGACGGUCUGCUCGGUCACGUCGAGUGCCUCUCUCCCGGGCAGCACGCCAAUUCCACCGGCGUCGGCGUCGACCACUGAUAUGGGCAUCCCGACGACGUCAAUCUCCAGCGAGGUUGAGACAUCGACGAAUUCCGAUGGGGUUCCGACAUCUUUCGCCCCUUCGUCGAGCGACGAUAUCCCUCCGCCGGCUUCAAGCGCUGACUCUUCGAGCACCCCGAUGGCAACUAACACGGACUCUGUCCCGACUUCAUUCGACCCUUCGCCGUCGGGUCCGGCCUCGUCAAGUGGAUAUGAGGUUCCCUCUUCUCCUGCCGCGAGCUCUUCAAGCUCUGUCGCUACUAACACUGACGCGGUUCCGACCUCUUUCAAUCCUUCGCCGUCAGUUCCGGCCUCGUCAAGCGGAUAUGAGGUUCCCUCUUCGCCUGUCGCGAGCUCUUCAAGCCCCGUCGCCACUAACACUGAUGCGGUUCCGACAUCUUUCGAUCCUUCGCCGUCAGUUCCGGUCUCGUCAAGCGGAUAUGAGGUCCCCUCCUCAACCCCCGACGCUACGAAUACGGACUCGGUUCCUACCUCGUUCAACCCUUCGCCGUCGGCCCCAGUCUCAUCAAGUGGAUAUGAGGUCCCCUCCUCAACCCCCGACGCUACGAAUACGGACUCGGUUCCUACCUCGUUCAACCCAUCUCCGUCGGUUACGGGCUCCUCUGUCGGUUCCUCGCCGUCGAGUGGAAACCUUGUCCCGUCUUCGCCAGGCGCCAGCGCUUCCUCUUCGGGGUCUACUGGGACGGAUUCCGUGCCCACGUCCUUCAAUCCUUCACCGUCUUCUCCGGGCUCUUCUAUGCCCGGCAUCACGACGAGCGAAUUAGUGUCGUCUGGGCAGUCUACUCUCCCUGUGCCUACCAGCGGUCCUGAGGGCACCACGGUGAUCACGAGCGUUCUCACUCAUCCCUUUACAUCCGUGACGACGGUCCCGACCUCGAACGGUACCACUAGCUCUGAAGAGAUGCCUAUGCCGACGAGCAUUGGCACGAGCGUCUCCGGCGUUCCGUCUGGCUCUGGGUAAGUUGAUCCUCUCCUUCCAUUCCUGCGUUUCUUAGCUGACAUCUUGAUCGCAGAUACCCCAUCCCCUCGGGUGGCAACAACACUGUCAUCUCACCGACCCCAACCUACUCCGUUGUGCCUAUCAACCAGGGUCAGCAGAUCGUUCGUGCCGGAAAGAGCUCGAUUGCGGCGAUUGUCGUCGCCU